CCUUGUGCCAGUGACGACUCACUCGACAGGAUGACAUGGCGUCCUCAGUACCGCAGCUCCAAGUUCCGCCACGUGUUUGGUAAGGCCGCCACCAAGGAGAGCUGCUAUGAUGGCGUGCCAAUCACACGCAGCGUCCAGGACAACAACUUCUGUGCUGUCAACCCACGUUUCCUGGCAGUCAUCACUGAGUGUGCCGGGGGAGGGGCCUUCCUGGUCCUGUCGAUCCAUCAUACGGGUAAAGUGGACCCUCACCACCCCAGAGUAUCGGGCCACAGAGGCAACGUGUUAGACAUCAAGUGGAAUCCCUUCAAUGACUACUGCAUCGCCUCCGGCUCCGAGGACACGACGGUGAAAGUGUGGGAGAUCCCUCCUCAUGGUGUGCUGAAGAACCUUACAGUACCGUGGAAGGAGCUUCAGGGUCACAGCCGCAGAGUGAGCCUCAUCGAGUGGCACCCGACUGCAAACAACAUCCUGUUCAGCACAGCCUACGACUACAAGAUAAUGAUCUGGAACCUGGACUGUUCAGAGCAGGUGAUAAAGAACCCUGUACGGACCAUCAGCCACCACACAGACGUGGUCCUCUCCAUGUCCUUCAACACAGACUGCAGCCUCCUCGCCACCACCUGCAAGGACAGGAGGGUCCGGCUGAUGGAGCCGCGCUCAGGAAACCUACUGCGGGAAGCCAACUGCAAGACACACAAAGCCAGUAAGGUGUUGAUCCUGGGUAACAUGAAGAUGCUCCUCACAUCAGGCACUUCACGCUGGAACGAUCGACAGGUAGCACUGUGGGAUCAGGACGAUCUGUCUGUGCCUUUGUUAGAAGAGAACCUGGACGGUUCCUCAGGAGUCCUCUUUCCUUUCUACGACCCUGACACACACAUGCUCUACCUUGCUGGGAAGGGUGAUGGGAAUAUCAGGUACUAUGAGAUCAGCUCAGAAAAACCAUACAUCCAGUACCUAACAGAGUACCGCUCACACUUACCUCAGAAAGGAAUGGGUGUGAUGCCAAAGAGAGGCCUGGAUGUGAGUUCCUGUGAGGUGUUCAGGUUCUACAAACUGGUGACAAUCAAGAGUCUCAUUGAGCCUCUAGCCAUGAUCGUACCCCGCAGGUCGGAGUCGUACCAAGAAGACAUCUAUCCAAUGACAUCUGGUAACAAGCCUGCUUUAACUGCAGAGGAGUGGCUCAGUGGCAUCGACAAAGGCCCAGUGUUGAUGUCUCUGAAGCCUGGAAGUCAAGUAGCAGAUUCAUAUUCGGAGAUGAGCAAAGGGCUGGGGAACACUCUGGACACUCGCAGGUCUCAGAGCAGACCAGGCAUGCUACAGCUGGCGUACAUUCAGGACCACCUGGGAACCAAAGACGGCAAAGAGGACAGCGGCCAUGCAGACGACGACAAAAGUCGAACACCCGUUAGCAACGGAGAAGACCUUGCACUUUGUUCUCCGCCGAGGACAGAGAAUGAGUUGCGUCUCAAGUUCCACAAGCAGCAAGAGGAAAUCCGACGGCUGAGAGAGCUCCUCAACCAGAGAGACGUGCGCGUCAAACAGCUGGAGCUUGAGAUUAAGAACAUGAAAAACUCCCAGUCUCAGGGCUCACUUUAAGAUUGGCCCGACCUGCAGUCACCCUCACCUCCUCACGGGAUACAUGCAUUACUAUACAAACUUACUAACCCUAACCACCUACACUCUUUUGCACUCUUUUGACUCACCUCUUUUUUCCGCUGAUGAGCCCCAGCGUACUCACUGCACAGGGGUGAUCUAAAUCUUGACUUUGUGUUUGCAAUCUGUCAUUUUGUCAGUUCUACACAGGGUGCACAUAUUCUUUGUUCAUGUAUAUACACUUAUACACUGAGUCUUACCCCGCUGCAACAUGUUUUAAAACUCUUUGCACCUUUGGACCUUUCCCUCGUUUCUUUUGUAUGCUUCACAGCUAUGCAAUAAAAGGAUGUUUGUGCCUGUCUUGACUGAAUGAUGUGGCUGUCUGCGAGUUGUUUGAAAGUUGUUGCAGGGCAGGAGCAGACAUCCUGUAUGAUUGUAAUGAUAAGGCUGAAUUUAUUUUCUAUGCUCGGUGAUUGUUGUUUUUGUUUUUUUUUUUUGUUAUGUAAACUACUGUAACUGGAGAUGGUUGUGGUGUUUAAUGUUCAGUAUGUGUGCUUGAAUGACAAUAUGAUCCCAGCUGUGUUCUGCCAUUCCAUUGAGCUGCAUUUGUUUGAUUUUUAAAAUUUUUUUUUUUAUUUUUAAUUUUUAUUUUUGAAUGACUGGAAAAUUGGUGAAAAAUCAAUCUUUUUCACUGCAGCUAUUGUAUAAGCCAAUUCCGUAACUGAUGCCAUGUAGCAGUUUUGAUCUUAAUUUUUAUAUUUAUUUUAAAAUACAGUAAACGAAAAUAAUUGAA